AGAAAGAUAUUUGUCUCCCUAACAUUAAAUAACUCCUUUCACUAAAAACAUUCUCUUGUUACAUUCAUAUUUUCAAUACAAAGACUCUUACUUGUGCAACAAGCAAUAUACUAAGACUCUGAUUAGGACAUUGCAGAAAACAACAGGUUUCUCAUUAUCCUCUGGUGUGUCAGUAUGGAAUGCAUUAGUGUUUGAAAUAGUGAUGAUAUUUGGGUUAGUGUACACAGUUUAUGGCACAGGUGUGGAUCCAAAGAAAGGAAAUGUGGGGAUUGUAGCCCCAAUUGCAAUUGGAUACGUUGUGGGUGCAAACAUCUUAGUAGGUGGUGCAUUUGAUGGUGCAUCAAUGAAUCCAGCAGCGUCAUUUGGUCCUGCUGUUGUUAAUUGGUCAUGGACUCAUCAUUGGCUGUAUUGGGUUGGCCCCUUCAUUGGUGGUGCCAUUGCUGCCAAUAUGUAUGAUAAUAUCUUCAUUGGUGAUGAUGGUCAGGAACCCCUUUCAAGCAGUGACUACCAGGGGAAACAAUUCUUUUCUUUAUGUUAGUCUUUGUAUUUACAUAAUGAGUAGUGAAUAAAAUUGUAGUUUUAGGUACUAUUUUGAUGUAAUAGAGAUUAACAAGGAAACCUUUUACUUUGUGAAUGUGGAU